UCCAGUACUGGCGAUCAGUCAUGUAUCGGCCUUGGUUUUGGACGGUUGCUUCCUGGAUGAGCAGAGAAUUGCAGAAAGGAUGAUGUGUUUAUUCAGCGAGAGCACAUGAAAAGACAGCCGCUGUCCCGUUCCCCGAGACCGGCGAUAGAGCGCAGCCCCCGAGCGGGUCUUCGCGGGAACUGUGCAGUGAUUGACCGGAGUCCCUAUCCUUCGCAGCUCGUCGGGGAAGCCUUUCACCGUCACCAGCAAGACAACAGCAAUCUCCCUCUGUGUUUCCGCAACAUGAUGAACCCCAUCAGGCAGCAGAGCUUGGAUCCUGACCUGGGGCGGAUCUGUCAGAACACCAGCUCCCAUCCUUGGAAAGGAGGCCCCUCCUCUGUUUACAGGACACAGGAUAACCAGGGCUGUGCCCUUUUCCAGCCAGGCUGUACCCCCUGGCACAAUGCCCACUCAGGCCAGAAGGCUGCAAUGGGUAAAGGCCUAGUGGAUCCUGUGAGGGAGGACAGCAGCGGAUCAGGAAAGGCCUGUGAGCGAGUGGUGCUGAUUGUUGAUAAGACACGGUUUGUGGUUGAUCCUGCUAUCUUCAGAGCGCACCCUGAUACCCUGCUAGGCCGAAUGUUCACCUCCGGCCAAGACCAUAAGGUCACCCAGCCGAAGCAGAAAGGCGAGCACGAGAUCGCUGAGGGUCUCAGUUCCACGGUGUUCCGUGCAGUUCUGGAUUAUUACACAACUGGAGUCAUUCAGUGUCCUGACGGUAUUUCAGUGCAAGAACUCCGGGAUGCGUGCGACUAUCUGUGCAUCAACUUUAGUCACAAUACAAUCCGCUGUCGCGAUCUCAGUGCUCUGUUACAUGAGCUGUCAAACGAUGGGGCACGGAAGCAGUUCGAGAGGAACCUGGAAGAGUUGGUGUUUCCCCUGAUGGUGUCAAGUGCCCGGAAAGGGGAGCGGGAGUGCCACGUGGUGGUGCUGGCGCAUGAGGACACAGUGGACUGGGAUCAACAACACCCACCACAGAUGGGAGAGGAAUAUUCUCAAAUUAUUUAUAGCACCAAACUGUACAGGUUCUUCAAGUAUAUUGAGAACCGGGAGGUCGCCAAACAGGUGUUGAAGGACCGAGGGCUAAAGAACAUCCGUAUUGGAAUUGAAGGUUACCCGACGUGUAAGGAGAAGCUGAAGCUGCGAGCUGGGGGCCGUUACGAGGUGAUCUACAACUAUGUGCAGCGACCAUUCAUCCACAUGUCCUGGGAGAAGGAGGAGGGGAAGAGCCGGCAUGUGGAUUUCCAGUGUGUCAGGAGCAGGUCUGUCACCAACCUGACCUCACCGCCCCGUGACCAUGGCAACACCCAUCACCCACAGGUGGAUGAGCUCGACAUCCUGGGCCCAGCACAGGAGCAGGCCGUGGGGGUUAGCACCUCCUCCACCGAGUAAGCAAAAUCCUGGGGCAUGAGCAACUAACAACAGGUCAGGACACGGUAACAACUGGGCCCCAGGUCAUGGACACGUCAACAACAGGCCCCAGGUCAUGGACACGUUAACAACUAGGCCCUGGGUCAUGGACACGUUAGCAACUGGGCCCCAGGUCACAGACACGUCAACAACAGGCCCCAGGUCAUGGACACGUUAACAACUAGGCCCUGGGUCAUGGACACGUUAACAACUGGGGCCCCAGGUCAUGGACACGUUAGCAACUGGGAUCCCAGGUCACGGACACUUAACAACUGGGCCCUGGGAAAUGGAGCUGCGCUUUGGGCUGCUCUGUCACAGGUACAAGAGGAGGAUUGUGGUGCUCCUCAACACUAUGCUGUGACAGCACAGAGCAUGGUGAUUUGGUCUGUGAGGGGAUCCUGUGCAAUGAUCAAGUGUGGAGAAACCGGUACUGAUCAGGUGUGAGGCUCUCACUGUGUUCAAACACAUAGGUUCUGGCACUGAGUGGGUGUGGCAGAAUCUAAUGGUGAUCAGGUGCAGGAGAUCCACACCGUGCAGGGACCUGGUGUGAGGACCAGGUUUAAUGAUCCAAUGCAUGAAUCUGUUGUGCGGGCUCUGGUGCGAAGAUCAGAAGCAAGGCUGUCUGGCACCCUGGAUUUUUUUUUAAUUCAUGUGUGGAAUAUGGGCGUCACUCUAGGCCCAGCAUUUACUGU